CGGGCGGGGAUGGUGCGGCUCCCGCCGGCUCCCCCAGCCCGCCCCGCGCCGCCGCCGCAGCCCCGCCAGACGCAGCGCGGCUCGGAGCGCGCACGGAGCCUCCUCCCGCAGCCGCCGCCAUGGCCCGGAACCGCCGGGACAGGAGCAGCUGGGGUAGUUUUGCAGACAAGACCUACGAGUGGAGCUCCGAGGAGGAGGAAUCCGUGAGGAAGGCAGGACCAGUGCAGGUCCUCAUUGUCAAGGAUGACCAUUCCUUUGAGCUGGAUGAGGCCGCCCUGAACCGCAUCCUGCUCUCCGAGGCUGUCAGGGACAAAGAGGUCGUGGCCGUGUCCGUCGCCGGAGCCUUCAGGAAAGGCAAAUCAUUCCUGAUGGACUUCAUGCUGCGGUACAUGUACAACAAGGAUGCUGUGGACUGGGUUGGGGAUUACAACGAGCCCCUGACUGGUUUCUCCUGGAGAGGAGGAUCUGAGCGGGAGACCACUGGCAUUCAGAUAUGGAGUGAGGUUUUCCUGGUGGACAAGCCCGACGGGACAAAGGUCGCGGUGCUGCUGAUGGACACGCAGGGGACCUUUGACAGCCAGUCCACCCUGAGGGACUCAGCCACUGUGUUUGCCCUCAGCACAAUGAUCAGCUCCAUCCAGGUUUAUAACUUGUCCCAAAAUGUGCAGGAGGAUGAUCUGCAGCACUUGCAGCUUUUCACCGAGUAUGGCCGGCUGGCCAUGGAGGAGACAUUCCAGAAGCCUUUCCAGUCCCUUAUAUUCCUGGUUCGUGACUGGAGCUUCCCAUAUGAAUUUUCCUAUGGAUCUGAUGGUGGGGCAAGAUUUUUGGAGAAGCGGCUGAAGGUGUCAGGAAAUCAGCACGAGGAGCUGCAGAACGUCAGGAAGCACAUCCAUUCCUGCUUCACCAAAAUCUCCUGCUUCCUCUUACCUCACCCGGGCCUCAAAGUCGCCACCAACCCGAAUUUUGAUGGGAAACUGAAAGAAAUAGACGAUGAGUUCAUCAAGAACUUGAAGAUUUUGAUUCCUUGGCUUCUUAGUCCCGAGAGCCUGGAUGUUAAGGAGAUCAAUGGAAACCAUAUCACCUGUCGAGGCCUUGUGGAGUAUUUUAAGGCAUACAUAAAGAUCUACCAAGGGGAAGAGUUGCCACACCCCAAGUCGAUGCUGCAGGCCACAGCAGAAGCCAACAAUUUAGCAGCAGUUGCCACUGCCAAAGACACCUACAGCAAGAAGAUGGAAGAGGUGUGCGGGGGGGACAAGCCCUUCCUGGCGCCCAGCGACCUGCAGAGCAAACACGCGGAGCUGCGGGAGGAGGCGGUGCGGCUGUUCCGGGGCGUGAAGAAGAUGGGAGGGGAGGAGUUCAGCCGGAGGUACCUGCAGCAGCUGGAGGGGGAGAUCGACGAGCUCUACAUCCAGUACAUCAAGCACAACGACAGCAAGAACAUCUUCCACGCCGCCCGCACCCCGGCCACGCUCUUCGUCGUCAUCUUCAUCACCUACGUCAUCGCCGGCGUCACCGGCUUCGUGGGCCUGGACAUCAUUGCCAGUCUGUGCAACAUGAUCAUGGGCUUGACACUUAUCACACUCUGUACCUGGGCUUAUAUCAGAUACUCUGGGGAGUACAGAGAACUGGGAGCAGUAAUAGACCAAGUGGCCGCAGCCUUGUGGGACCAGGGAAGCACGAAUGAGGCCUUGUACAAACUGUACAGCGCGGCCGCGACCCACAGGCACCUGUACCACCACGCCUUCCCCGCCCCGCGCGCCGAGCCCGACGGCCCCGACAGGAAGAAGGUGUGAAUCCCAGCACGUUCCCGCCGAUGCAUGACGGAGGUGGUGCCGCCAUCUCCUCCUCGGAUCCAAGCCCUCACCCUCGUUGUCCACCCCAGAUGCCGCCGGCAGCGGGGAGCGCCGGUGCCGCUCGGGUGCCGGGAGGUGCCGGCACGGCGGUGUCCGUCUGUCCGUCCGUCCGGCACAGCCGCGGCCGAGCGCUUUGGGCUGUCCCGGCCAGCGACUCCCAGCUCAUCUUCAAAGCCUUAUUUCCCCCUUCUUAAUUAGUUCCCCCUGAGGGAAACAGUCAUUUACGUGAUACUGCAACUAAAAGAGGCCGAAGCUUGUCCAAAAGCCAAUUUAUUUCAGGUACUUGAACGAGUUAUAACAUGUAACCACUUUUUUUUUUUUUUCCCCUUCAAUUAACUAGUUAAUGACAUAAACAUAAUUAAAGGUGUAUUAACUUGCUUUAUCAGACACUGUAAGGGCACUUCUGCUGUGGAAUGUUAACGAUGUGUGGGGAACGGGGCUGUUUCUGUUUGUCUGCACAAAGUGUCACUUUGUAGCUGUGUUGGAGGAAGUUUCACUGUAUUUCUGUACAUAUUUAUCCAUGAUAGUGCAUAGGACGUGUGGUACAGUUCUAUUCUUUUAUUGUCAGGACUAUUAAAGUUUGCUUUUGGUUCCUAAGAAGUUGGUUCGACAGGGAAAAGUUAUUUACUAGCAAAAAAAAAUAGUUCUUGACCCCUCCUCCUCUGGGGUUUUUGACAUUUCUGGUUUCAUUUUGGCUCUCACAGUUGGUGUUUUGUGGGUAAUUUACCCACUGACAGGCCCAGAACACGGUGCCACCACUGCAACUGGAGCAUCCCAAACCCACGUGGCUCUUACUGCUUGUAAGAGCAGUUUACUUGAUGUUCUAAAAGGCCCAAAAACCAGUCCCAUGACCCUUCGUUCAUCGAACAAAAUGAUUUUUAUUGAAUGAAUAGGAUUUACAAGAAAUGUACUUUUUUUGUCUGCAGUGUUUAUUGCACUGAAAAGAAUCCAUAAAUAACAUUUCAGGACAAUUCAUGAACCAGAUGGAAAUACUGGAGAGGGUAAGUGGACAAUUAAAAAUUUUCCCCAAGUGAGGAGCUUUAAUACAAGACAAAAGCUCGUUAAAAAAGAACAGUAAUUGCUGUUACAUCCCUGAUUUUCCCCGUGGGGUGGCACAGUGACAAUGCCAUUGCCUUCCCACCAGAGUGGGUCAGAUUUUUGUGAAAUGCAGUUUAGCCAGGAUUUAAAAAACUCUGCUUAGAGAUCUUGGUCUUUAGGAAGGUCCCAAGUGUUCCCCCUCUGAGUGAAAACAAGUAGUAAAAUCUGAAGUAAAAAAUAAGGCAACUCAGGCUCGGAUCUGAUGGGAGAAAUCAGCUCCUGGUGCUCCUGAACAGGAACAGGGUUGGUGUUCUGUACAUUAAAGCUGUAAACAAAGAGCAGAGCUCUCUCAGGAGAGGGAUCCCAAAUCCUGAGGGAAACACACCCUGAACUAGUCAUUUGGAUUUGGACAAGGUUUGGAAGCCGGAACAUUUCACACACAGUUGCAUCUAUUGCCCUUAAAAAAUAUAUAAGUCAGCUUUUAAUACUGCAGCUGACUGGGAGGAAAGAGAGUGGGAUCAGGGCUCUGAUCAAACUCCACGCUGGUUUUCAGGAUAACAAACUACUCCUUUGCAUGGAGAGAAGGGGAAGGAAGAAAAAAAAAAAAAAAAGGAUUACCAAACAAUCUCCAUUUUUAUAAACAACACAUAAUACAUGUAGAAAAAUACUCAAGAGGAUAAUAACAAAGGUGCAACGUCAACAAAAAUAAGCUGCCUUUUCAACAAAAGCACUUUUUUUUUUUUUUUCUUUUCAGAGUUUUGAGUGUGGAGUGGGA